UUGGAGUGUAUCACUAUGUCUUAUUACAGUCGCUAUCGUUACAACUAUGGCUACAACGAUGAGGAGGAUACUAAAACAGAGGCUAACGCGGAAGAGACGAUAACAACCAAGGCCGAGGAGCCUGCAGUCGACGAAGACCAAGCCCAGGAAGCGGAGCCCACAAGCAAUGGCAAAGAUCAAGAAGAAGAAAAAGAAGAGGAGGGGGAGGAGGAGGACGAGGAAGAAACCACAGUGGACGUGGAAGCGGAGGUGCAGGUGCAGGUGGAUGACACCCAACAAGCGAGUACUGAUGGGAAAACUUCACCUAAUCUCAACCCUGCCGAAGUAACCGCUGCCUCUACGAAAUCGGAAAGCAAGAUGUCGACCUCUACCCAGUUUGUGGAUCAAGCCGUCUUUGACGCAGCACUGAGCAAUGUCAGAAGCGGCGAUUUGAAAUGGCUUCUCAUAGGACAUCCAGAGGGUAUCCCAGACCAGCUGGAGCUGCAGGAGACAGGAAACGAUGUGGAUGAUCUCAUGACAAUGCUCGAUGACAGUCAGAUGCAGUAUGCCCUGGUACGCAUGGAGGAGACGAUUGACGUGAGCGUAACCAUCAAGUUUGUCUACAUUAACUGGAACGGGAAUGACGUUGGCUUCGCAGUGCGAGGACGGUAUGGCGUGACGGAGGGAAGUGUUCGUGAAUGGCUCUCGCCGAUUCAUCUUGACAUCAAGACCAGCAGCAAAGAGGAAACCUCAUUUGACUACAUCGCUGGAGAAAUCGGUCGGCAGAGUGGACAAUUGAGCAAGGUUCGGGAGGACAUUGACUCAAGACAGAGCAAUGCUGGCAGCACUCCACACCGCCCUUCGGCAACUGGCGCAAGCAAACCUGCUCCCAAAGUAUCGCAGAAGGGUGCAGAUGUUGGAGUUGCGGAUAACAUCGAAGACGUUCUCAGUGAAUUGCGAAACUCUGAAUCCGAGGUCAAUGCCGUUGCUCUGCACUUUCCCGAGAACAACGUCAAGAACGGUCUGCAUGUAUUGCACAUUGGCAACCAGGGAGCGUCAUGCCUGGCCGAAUUCUUCACUGAGGAUGCCGCAGUCUAUGCCCUCAUCAGAGUCGUUGACAUUGUGGAUGAAAUUCCCACUGUGAAGUUUGCGCAGAUCAAGUGGGUGGGUGACAAGGUCAAGCCCAUGACCAAGGCCAAGAUUGCCACGCAGACCGGCGAGAUUGCACGCAUUCUUGGCAUAACUCAUGUGUCCAUCAUGGCAAGCCAUCGCAACGAGGUCACCGACCGCGCCGUUAUGGACAAGGUCUCUGCGGCCAGUGGCUCCAAGAAGGUGGUUGGAUAAGCGCCUGGGUCGCUGACUGCACUGCAGCGCCAAGCUAUUUGCUGCGUGUCCACACUGCUGAAACAAGAUGUGCACGAUGCUCAGCAGUCACAGGGUAUUGGUUACACAUCCAGUACAGCCACGUCACAGAGUAACCUCUGAACUCUGCAAGACAGUAUGAUCUUUUUCUUCUUACCACUUUCCCCUUUCAUUUAGUCUUUCUGGCAGAGGAGAGAGAGAGAAACAGAUAAAAAGUUUGCUAUGGUCACGACCUUGACAGAGGCCAAACAAAUUAUAGAUGCACUUUUGGAUACCGUUUGCCUGUCAGGAGCAGGGACCGCAGGCGCAGGCUUUGUGGGUAGAUAAGUGGUCGUGUGCAUUGGCUUAGCUCUAUUCAAUUCAUGCAGUCUCCCCGCCUGCAACCUCUUCGUCUCAUUGCUUGCAUUCUGCUGGCCUCCAGCCUUUUUUCUCUGUUUCCUCGCGCGCUCUCUCUCCCAGUGCUCUAUGGUCCAGCGCUCCCGGAUUGGUUUGUUUAGCGUGUUUUGUUGACGCAUUUUUGCAUGCCUCACUUCAUUAGCACACGACAAUUGAACGCGCUUGUUUAGAGUUCAGAUUA